CUUUGAUUUUCCUUCCCGACUGUCAACUAAUUCCUCGGGCAAAACACGAAACGCUCUUAUGCACAACUUCCUGGAUAGAGAAGCGGAGCGUGCUGAAUGUAAUAGAAGCAACUGACUGUAGAGAUCAAGCAAAAGACAGCCUCUAUACAGUAGAGGGACUGUAGCGAGUGUUUUAUGCCACCUUAAAUACAAGCGCCUUUAAGUGCGCCCGGCGAAACGUACCGGUCGCGAUUAACUUGGAGAAUGUAAAGGACGCCACCGAGAACAAGCGUGUGUGUGUGCGGAUUGUGGGCAGCACGAAAUGUCCCACGAAACAGACACGAGAUUUUUCGCCAGUUAUUAAAUCACUUGCUAUUGUUUUAGUUGUUCAAGUUUAGUUCAUUCUUGGCGUUGACGCAUUAAUUUGAUCCGCCAUUCCGUUUUGCUCUAAUUGCGCAUUUUGACAUGUGGAGACUGCGAGGACCGUGUCGUUUGGGGAUGUUGUGUUUGACUUUGUCAGCCCUUCUCAUCCAACGGAUCAGCUGUCAUCCCGCCUCACAAGUGGAAAUGGAGGAUUAUGGGAGCUCAGCCAGUCAAAGGGAGCGGAGAGCGACCGGGGAACCCUAUUGGGCAUAUUCAGGGACCUAUGGACCUCGUAGAUGGGCCUCUGCCUAUCCGGAGUGUGGUGAAAUAAAUCAGUCUCCAGUGGACAUCCUUGAUCAAGAUUCCCAGUUCUCUCAGGAGUGUCAAGAACUCACACUAGAUGGCUUCGAAACCAAGUCAUCAAACAGAACCACCAUGAAGAACACAGGGAAAACAGUUUCUAUUGGUCUAAGGAAUGAUUACUUUGUGAGAGGGGCUGGUCUACCUGGACGCUUCAAAGCAGAGAAGGUGGAGUUUCACUGGGGCAGCACCAAUGGCUCGGCUGGUUCUGAACACAGUAUCAAUGGCAAGAAGUUUCCAGUAGAGAUGCAGAUUUAUUUCUACAAUUCUGAUGAUUUUGACAGUCUAAGCACCGCGAUAAAGGAGAGACGGAUCAUUGCCGCAAUGGCUGUCUUCUUUCAGGUGGGGAAGAAAGACAAUUUGGCAGCUGAGCCCAUCAUCACAGGUCUCAAACGGGUAGUCCAUCAUGAGAAGGAGACAAGCCUUGGUCCGUUUAUACUGAGAGAUCUACUGCCAUCAUCCUUGGAUAGUUACUACCGUUACACUGGUUCCCUCACGACACCACCUUGCAGUAAGGUAGUCGAGUGGAUCAUCUUCAGUCAGCCUGUUUACCUGUCCUACCACCAGUUGGAGGCAUUCUACUCCAUCUUCACCACAGAGCAGCAGGAUCAUGUGAAGUCUGUGGAUUACCUUAGGAAUAACCAUCGGCCCACUCAAGAUCUCGAUAGCAGGAAGAUAUUCAAAUCAGCUGUGAUAGAUGCAUGGCUUCCCGACAUCAUGACGGACAAUAUGGCCAGUGCUGCAGACACAGAAACCAACCGAGUCUGUAGUAGCGUCCCUGACAACAUGAAGGUCCAUCCACUGAACCAAACGGCACUUGUGUUUACCUGGGAUUGGCCGUCAAUGGUCUACCACCCACCUAUUGUGGGCUUCCUGGUCUCCUACAGCUGGGUGAAAGAUGAAAUGCCUUUUGAGAAGACCUUCACACAGAGCAGUGAACACAGCAUGAGGGCAGUCAUCUCACUCGUGUCUCCAGAUGUCCUGUAUCUGUUCAGAGUGCAAGCUGUGUGUCAGAGAGACCAGCGCAGUGACUUCAGCCAAACACUAUUAUUCAGAGCAAACACCACAAGGAUAUUCGAGGGAACAAGGAUUGUAAAAACUGGAAUGCCCACCAUUUCCCCAGCCUCCUCUGCAGACAUGGCCCCUAUAAGCUCAGGCUCCUCCACCUGGACGUCCACUGGCCUCCCCUUUUCCUUUGUCUCCAUGGCAACGGGAAUGGGGCCUCCAUCCAGUGGCGGGCAAGCUACUGUAGCAUCUGUGGUAACCAGCACUCUGUUGGCUGGGCUGGGUUUCAGCAGCAGUGUGAUUUCCUCCCUCCCGGGUUCGCUUUGGCCCACCCACUCUACCAACUCAGGCCCCACACCCACCCAACACCCAGUCACUCCUACUGCCAAAACCGCCCCUUCUGAAAACAACAUCCUCACUGCUGAAGAUACCACAGAAGCAAAUAAUAAUGAGGAAGAAGGAAGUGAAAGAGAGGAGAAGGAGGAGGAGGAGGAAGAGGAGGAAAAAGAGGAACGGGGGGAAGAGGAAAAGAAAAAAAAGGAUAAAGAUGUCAAGGACAAAAAGCGGGAGAAUAUGGUGCCCCAAAAACCAACAGCCCCCCUCCCAACUUCAACAUACAGGGAGAGAGGACGAGAGAGGGCAGAUGUUAACAAUGAGAACUCCACAUUGUCGCCUAGGAUAGUGGAAGUGCAUGUAUCUAGUGCCACAGAAAAGACUUCUGGUGAGGAUUCGUCAAAACCAACAUGGUUGGAGGAUAACAACACUGCAGACAUGCAACUUCCUGCCAGCUCAACAAAAUCCACUGAACUAACCAAUGUGGAGAGGGCUCACUGGCCAUACUACUUUCCCACUGAGAGGAACAGCAUCUCCACUGUCACCCGAAACCCUGUGUCCUCAUCCAGCAGGAUGGAGUGGAUCAUCCCUCUGAUGGUGGUCUCUGCUCUCACACUCCUCUGUCUGAUUAUGCUGUUGGCUGUCCUGGUCUACUGGAGGAGAUUCUUUCAGACUGCACAAUUCUACAUCGAAGAAAGAAACUCCCCAAGAGUGAUCCGCAAUGAUAGUUUUCCCAUCCUCUCUGCAGCAGAUGACCUGGAGGCUGUCCCAGUCAGGCAGUUCAUCAAACACAUCAUGGAGUUGUACUCCAACAACCAGCAUGGAUUCUCUCAGGAGUUCGAUGAGGUUCAGCGCUGUACAGCUGACAUGAAGAUCACAGCCGAACAUUCAAAUCACCCAGACAACAAGCACAAAAACAGAUACAUCAACAUUGUUGCAUAUGAUCACAGUAGAGUGAAGCUACAGCAACUGUCUGGGAAAGACGCCAAACACACAGACUACAUCAACGCCAACUAUGUAGACGGUUAUAAGAGAUCCAGGGCUUAUAUAGCUGCUCAGGGACCUCUGAAGUCCACCUUUGAGGACUUUUGGAGAAUGAUUUGGGAACUGAACACCAGUGUGAUUGUCAUGAUAACCAACCUGGUGGAGAAAGGCAGGAGGAAAUGUGAUCAGUAUUGGCCAUCGGAGAACAGUGAAGUAUAUGGAAGCAUAAUGGUGACUCUAAAGAGUACUAAAGUGUAUGCAUACUACACACUCCGCCUCUUUAUCAUACGCAACACCAAAGUGAAGAAGGGUCAGAAAGGGAGGCAGUUUGAACGACUGGUGGCCCAAUAUCACUACACUCAGUGGCCAGACAUGGGCGUUCCUGAGUAUACACUACCAGUCAUCAAAUUCAUCUCUCGAUCUUCAGCAGCGCGCCUGCCAGGCGCAGGCCCUGUCUUAGUGCACUGCAGUGCAGGGGUGGGCAGAACAGGCACAUACAUAGUCAUAGACAGCAUGCUCCAGCAGAUAAAGGACAAAGGCACAGUCAAUGUCCUGGGAUUCCUCAAGCACAUCCGAGCCCAGCGGAACUACCUGGUCCAGACCGAGGAGCAGUUUAUCUUCAUCCAUGAUACAUUAAUGGAAGCUGUGCUCAGUAAAGACACAGAGGUGCCUGCUUGGCAACUCCACAGUUAUGUCAACAACAUCCUCACCCCAAGCCCCACGGGACAAACACGCAUGGACAAACAGCUUAAGUUGGUGACGCAAUGCAAUGCACAUCUCACAGAGUGUUUCAGUGCACAGAAAGACUGUAACAAAGAGAAGAACCGCACCUCUUCAGUGUUGCCAACAGAGCGAGCCCGGGUGGCAUUAGCUCCUCUCCCAGGGGUAAAAGGAACAGACUAUAUCAAUGCCUCCUAUAUUAUGGGCUACAACAGGAGCAAUGAGUUCAUAAUCACUCAGCAUCCUUUGCCCCGCACAACCACAGACUUCUGGAGAAUGAUCUGGGAUCAUAAUGCUCAAGUUAUUGUGAUGUUGCCAGACAACCUCGGCCUUACAGAGGAUGAAUUUGUGUACUGGCCCAGCAGAGAGGAGCCCAUGAACUGUGUCGCCUUCACCGUCACUCUUAUUAACACUGGCAGACUGUGUUUGUCUAAUGAGGAACAACUCGUCAUCCAUGACUUCAUCCUAGAGGCCACACAGGAUGAUUAUGUGCUGGAAGUCAGACAUUUCCAGUGCCCAAAUUGGCCAGAUCCCGAUGCAUCAAUUAGCAGCACAUUUGAGCUCAUCAACAUCAUCAAGGAGGAGGCAAUGACAAGGGAUGGUCCAACCAUCAUCCAUGAUGAGUUUGGGGCCGUUUCAGCUGGAAUGUUCUGCGCUCUGACAACUCUUUUCCAGCAGCUGGAGAAUGAGAGCACUGUGGAUGUCUACCAAGUGGCCAAGAUGAUUAACCUCAUGAGGCCUGGUGUCUUCACUGAACUUGAGCACUAUCACUACCUUUACAAGGCUAUGCUCAGCAUUGUCAGCAGUAAAGACUUCAGACUUGGCUUCAACUACCUGGACAACAUUGGUGGGAUACUGGUAACAGAAGAAUCCAAUCAGGCUGAGAGCAUGGAGUCUUUGGUGUGAAGUUCCCGGAAAAGGAGACGGAAAAACUGAUUCCUUGAACUUUCCAUGAGGCCUUUUUUCCCCAGACUCUUGGUGAAAUGAAAAAAGAAGAAACACAACAAAAAAGAGCUUUUAUAUACUGAUAAAAAUAAAUUCUUUUGAUAUUUAUUUUUGCUGCUUUUUGUUAUCCUGCUGAGCGUCACAACCUGUUCUCCAAAAUACACACACACACACAGACACACACCUCACAGCAACCUGCAGCUGUCUACUUUGCACUACACUGUCAGUGUUACUACUUGAUGCCUAUCUGAUUGUUGAUAAUCGUGUUCAAAGCAUUUCUGAUCAGCGGCAGCACAUUAACACACAUCCGCCUCAUACACAUGGACGCUGUACACAAAGAAGCUCCACAUUCAAUUUAAUGCUCAUCAUGAUGUGACUUUUAACCGUCAAGCAUUGUGACUUGUUAGAUUAAUAUGUUCUUUUUUUAUUUAUUAAGAUAUGCCAUUUUAUGUCUAACUUAUAUGCAUUUAUUUGAGUGUGGUAUCAUAACAGCAACUGUGAACAUAUAUUGUUAUCAGUAGCAUUUCUAUUGUUUUGUAAUAUAUA